GAAAGUAUCAUCGAGGGUGCAAAAAAGGCAUAUGACAAAUCGUCGGAGAGCCUGAAAGCUGCGAUAACCGAACUCGACUACCUAAGGCUACAGGCUGCAGAGAUUCGUGCUGCAGUUGAACACAUUUUCCUCAAACUGCAGUUGAUCAAACCUGAGGGAAAACACGGACGCAAGCAUUCGCAACAUUUGUUGAAGCAUAUGAAUGAUAUAAAAACGACCGACCUACUGAAAGAGUGCCUUGAACGUCAGGAUCAGCUUGUCACAGAUUUGAGCGACUACAACCUCAAAGAAAAAUUAGAAGAAAUGAAGACUGAUCAUGUGAGUUUUUGUAAGCUUUAA